GUGUUUGUUAUUUAUUUAUUUAUUUAUUUUUUAAUAUAUAAUAUUUUUAUAUUUUUCACAAUGACCGCUAAUACUCACACACACACACACACACACUUCACACACUUCACACACACACACACACACCGAAACACAUGUAUGAAUACAUGCAUACAUGCACACGCACACGCACACGCACACGCACAUACACAUACACAUACACAUACACGCACAUAAAUAAACACAUUAGAACCUUUCAGUAUUGCAACGGCUUUGUCUAGGAUAUCGGAUCACAGCCGGUUCACUAGGCGUCAUUCAAUUGAUCAUGUUUGUGCUGGCUGGUGUGUAUCGUCAAAAGACGAUUUCGAGUUGUGCAGACCGCCAAGGUCGGACAGAAGAAGAAGAAGGUUGUGCGACCGCGAUUCUGGUGGCCUACUUUCUUUUGGGCACAUGUUUUGUGAUCUGGACAAGUCUACAGAUCUACUUUGGUUUGGUUAUCCAGGCAUACUUGCUAAAGACCGAGGGAAGACAGAGGUACUCGGCUCUAAAGGACCAGUUUAUCCGUGAUUGGGAUGCUCAAAUGGAAGCAACAAAUAAUGGCAUUUCGCGUAUGAAUACCGUAUCUAACUACAACAAAAUGAAGAAUGUACGAAAUUGA